AGACUUGUCGUGGAAUCAACUGACUGGUACAAUUCCCCCUGCAUUUGCCACCAGCAUCCAGUCAAUAUUGCUCCAUUACAAUGCUUUCACUGGGCCCAUCCCACCGCACCUGCUGGCACUACCCAACCUCUCUGAACUAAUACUAUCACACAAUCAUUUCACAGGAGCCAUUCCCAACAACUUCACUCGCCUCAAUAGGAUGAAUCUUCUAGACAUUUCUUCCAACAAUCUCAGCUCAGGUCUUGACGUGGUGGCUCAGAUGACAUGGCUCCAAGACAUAUCGAUCAAUGACAACAACUUCUCGGGUGUGCUUCCAGCGUCGUUCGCAGCAAUCAGUGGCAUCACAAACUUGGUUGUUUACAACAACCAUUUCACUGGAACCUUCCCAAGUUUUGUUCUGCGCCAGAAGGACCUCUUUAUCCUAAACUUGGCCAACAACAGUUUCACAGGGACCAUUCCCCGUGAAUUGACCAAGCUUGUCAACCUAGCCCACAUAUAUCUCAAUAACAACGAUUUUUAUGGAACAAUCCCAUCCGGCCUGCUUCAGCUACCCAUUUUGUACACGCUGGAUGUCUCUAACAACUCUAUUUCUGGGGAGAUCCCACGGACUUUCAGGGUCACACCUUCUCUUCACAUGCUUAGCCUGGGAGGAAAUGGCCUGACGGGCUCCUUACCAGACUUCUCACGCUGGAAAGUCAGCUGUGAACAGAUAGAUCUCAGCAGCAACAACUUCACAGGGUCGAUUCCCGACUCCAUCUCCACCCUCACCACCCUCAUUGGCAUUUUUCUCAACAACAACCAGCUGACUGGCACCAUCCCUUCAGCCAUCUUCACCAUGAGGAAUCUGACAUACCU